AUGAAGAAUUCUCACCAACCAUUGUACAGGGCUACUCAAACACUUCUUAGGGCGCGCAGAGCUAAUCGUCCUGCUCAACCAUUGUUACCACCUAUUCACCUUUACAGAAGAAUUCUUAGAGAGCAUAGGAAUUUACCAGCAUUGCAGAGGGAGUUAGGUGACCAGUACGUUAAGAAUGAGUUUAGAUUGCACAGAUCAGCAGAGAAUCCCCUUCAUAUUGUUGGAUUCCUAACAAGCUGGCAAGACUACUUGCGUAUGAUUACCAAGGGUGACUGGAUAGAUGAAGCUAUGUCUUCUGAAGUACUACAGAAGUUGUCAUCGGACCAAGUCGUCCAACUUUAUGAACUCAUGAAGGAAACCCAACAAUUCCGUGCGGGGGAAACCCCAGAUGGCGAUAAUAGUGAUACUAAGCAAUAG